AUGUCUUCCGCUGGAGUGAACGUUCUCCGAUACUCAGCCCUCGGCGCGGGCAUCUUCUACGGCUUCUACCACCAGCGGACUAUCUGGGCGACCCAAAAGGCCGAGCAGGCCAAGCGGGAUUACCAGCACAAGCAGAAGCUGAUUGACCAGGCCAAGGCCGAGUACUCAAAGUCCAAGGCCCCGGCUGCCGCCAGUACCUCAUCAGCAACCGGUGGACUCAACCAGGACCCUAUGGACCCCAAGUUCGACCUCGAGGCCUACUUCAACGCCCUGAUGAAGGAAUCUGCUUAA